AUGUUGUCCUCAUGUGAAGUUUCGCCUAGGCAAAACGAUGAGGAUCAGCACAAGCUUGCGGAGGCGUUCAAUAAUGUAGCUGCCGCAUGGAAAAAGGUGCCGUUCGAUCGCGAAAGGGAUAUGGGAGUUGUUGAUGGUAAAAAGAUGUAUCUCGAAGAAUUGAAGGAACGUGCAGGACAGCUGAGCCCUCGGUUCACUUCUGGAACUGGCCAGAAAUUCCUUUAA